AUGGAGAAUGUCUACCGGGCCGUCUAUAGCCCCAAGCUUAAUAAGUCUCGGCACUGCAAGACAGAAAUCUUUAAGCUUACAAUUCAGACCCCACUGCGUGUAGAUCUCACUUACGACCUUCGCGACUUGUUCCAUAUUCCUCGCUGGUCCGGGGACGUCUCCCCCACUGCACUCGCCAGCGGUGCAGUCGCUGGAUCUUGGGCAGGCGAAACCCCGAAAUCCGGACGAUACUUCCCGGGUUUCGGCACCAAUUGUUGUCUGCGGGUUCUCACGGCCGAUUUCUGCGAGGGCUGCAAGAUCACCAACGUGCAGGGGAUCCAGGAGCUGGGCCUGGGGCUGAGAGACACUGCAGAGAAGCUGAUCCAGGUGUUCGCUGAGCAGAUUUUCUACACCGGGUUCAUCCACGCGGAUCCACACCCCGGGAACGUGCUGGUGCAGCGCGGCCCCGACGGGAAGGCGCAGCUGGUGCUGCUGGACCACGGCCUGUACGAGACCCUGAGCGAGAGGGACCGGGUGUCGCUGUGCGGGCUCUGGAGAGCGAUCGUGCUGCGGGACCACGGAGCCAUGAGGGACAGGGCGGCUGAACUGGGGGUGCAGGACUAUUUCCUGUUCUCGGAGAUGCUGAUGCAGCGCCCCCUGGGCCGCCGGUCGCGGCUGCUGGGCGGGCGGGGCGCGGCUCACCUGGCCGGGGAGGCGCGGGGGCCGCAGCUGCAGGGCGCACCUGAGGGGCACCUGAGCGGGGAGGAGCGCGGCUACAUGCAGAGCAUGGCGGCGCAGCGCUUCCCGCACAUCCUGCAGGUGCUGCGCGCGCUGCCCCGCCCCAUGCUGCUGGUGUUCAGGAACAUCAACACCGUCAGGAGCGUGCACGCGGCCCUGGGGGCACCUGCGGAUCGGUACGGGAUCAUGGCGCGCAGGAACAUCAACACCGUGAGGAGCGUCCAUGCUGCAUUGGGAGCACCUGCGGACAGAUACGGGAUCAUGGCGCGCAGGAGCGUCCACGCUGCACUGGGGGCACCUGCUGACAGAUACGGGAUCAUGGCGCGCAGGAACAUCAACACCGUCAGGAGCGUGCACGCGGCCCUGGGGGCACCUGCGGAUCGGUACGGGAUCAUGGCGCGCAGGAACAUCAACACCGUCAGGAGCGUGCACGCGGCCCUGGGGGCACCUGCUGACAGAUACGGGAUCAUGGCGCGCAGGAACAUCAACACCGUCAGGAGUGUCCAUGCUGCACUGGGGGCACCUGCGGAUCGGUACGGGAUCAUGGCGCGCAGGAAUAUCAACACCGUCAGGAGCGUCCAUGCUGCACUGGGGGCACCUGCGGAUCGGUACGGGAUCAUGGCGCGCAGGAACAUCAACACCGUCAGGAGCGUGCACGCGGCCCUGGGGGCACCUGCUGACAGAUACGGGAUCAUGGCGCACAGCGCCGUGCGCAGCUGGAGCCGCCUCAGGGGGGGCCCCGGGGGGUCCCUGAGACAGCGGCUGCACCUGGGCUGGGAGAGCCUCAAGUUCGAGCUGGCGCUCAGGGGUGUGUGA